AUGAUGAUCCUCCCUGUCCUGCUAGCCCUCGGGCUUCUAUCCUCAGCCGAUGCCACGGCAUCUUCGGGCUGUGGCAAACAACCAACUCUCAGCAAUGGAGUCCACACUAUCAAUGGACGCGAGUACAUCCUAAAGGUCCCCGACAACUACGACCCAAACAAACCCCAUCAUCUCGUCUUUGGCCUUCAUUGGCGAGGCGGAAACAUGAACUCUGUCGCCAACGGGGACAGCAUCCAACCCUGGUACGGUCUUGAAAGCCGAGCACAGGGCAGCGCAAUCCUGGUAGCUCCCAAUGGCAAGAACGCUGGCUGGGCCAACCCCAAUGGUGAAGAUGUGGCUCUCAUUGACGCCAUCAUUCAGCAAGUCGAGGGUGACCUCUGUGUGGAUCCGAGCUCUCGCUUCGCGACCGGCUUCAGCUGGGGCGGUGGGAUGAGUUAUGCCCUUGCUUGCUCGCGGGCAAAGAAGUUCAAGGCCGUAAGUGUCUUGAGUGGUGGUUUGAUUAGUGGAUGUGAGGGAGGCUACGAUCCUAUCGCUUACUUGGGUAUUCAUGGGAUUAAUGAUCAAGUUCUGCCGUUUGACGGGGGUGUGACUUUGGCGAAUAAGUUUGUUGGGAACAACGAUUGCCAGUCGACAAACAUCGUCAAACCUGCGUCUGGCAGUGGUGGUUUCGUUCGAUCGGACUUCCAAGGAUGCUCCAAGCCAGUUUCGUUCAUAGCUUACGAUGGAGGACAUGUCGGUGCGCCCUUGGGUGUUGGCAGUUCUCUGGCUCCGGAUGCGACCUGGGAGUUUUUCAUGGCGGCUUGA